AUGAACGGCGUUGGCGACGCGCACGCAGCCGCCGCGCUGGUGCACCACCACCACCACCACCACCACCAGCAGCAGCAGCAGCACGGCAUGUCGCUGCCGAUGGCGACCUCCUUCGUGCCUGACCCGGCCAACUCCAAGCCCAGGCCGCCGGGGCUGCCGCCGACGCCGCCCCAGGCGUUCGGCAGCCAGCGCGCUGACGUGUGCAUGGAGGACGGGCUGCCGCCGCGCAAGGCGCACCGGCGCUGCCGCAGCGACGUCCCGUUCGGGUACUUCCCGCCGGCGUCGGGAGGCCAGCUCCCGCCGCCCAAGGUCGAGGCCGGCUGGGGCCACCACGGCGGCGGCGACGCCGACGACUUGUUCAACACGUACCUCAACCUGGAGGGGCUGGACGGGCUCAACUCCUCCGACGACCGCCACGACGACGGGGACAGCCGCGGGAGCAGCAUGAAGACCAACGGCGCCGACAGCAGCGAGAACGAGUCUGAGGAGUGUGCCGCCGACAGCAGCGGCGGAAUCCGCCUCUGGGCCGACGGCACCGAGAGGCGGGAGGGCCUCAAGAGGGGAAACGCGGGGGAGCCGGCCGCUGCGCCGAUGGCCCGACACGCCAGGAGCCUGUCCAUGGACAGCCUUAUCGGAAUGCUCAACUUCUCGGCCGACGCGACGGCGGGGGCCAACGGCAACAUGCCGGGACCCAACCGGUUCAGCUUGGAGUUCGGCAGCGGCGGGUUCACCCCUGCUGAGAUGAAGAAGAUCAUGGCCGACGAGAAGCUGGCUGAGAUGGCCCUCGCCGACCCCAAGCGCGUCAAGAGGGUGCUGGCGAACAGGCAGUCGGCGGCGCGGUCCAAGGAGCGGAAGAUGCGCUACAUUGCGGAGCUGGAGAAGAAGGUGCAGAUCCUGCAGACGGAGGCCACGACUCUCUCCGCCCAGCUCACGCUUCUCCAGCGCGACUCGGCGGGGAUCGCGACGCAGAACAACGAGCUCAAGUUCCGGCUGCAGGCCAUGGAGCAGCAGGCGCAGCUGCGCGACGCUCUGAAUGAGGCGCUGACAGCCGAAGUUCAACGCCUGAAACUCGCGACUGCAGAGCUCGGCGAUUCCUGCUCGUCCAAAAAUCCAACGCAGCAGAUCCAACUCAGUGUUCAGGACCAGAUGUUUCAACUGCAGCAGCAGCAGGCUACGCCGAUACCGUUUUACCGGCUGCAGCAGGCGCAGCAGAACGGCGCAGGGAAGAACCAUGAAUCAAAAGAAUGAUCUCAGAGGCAUGUUGGAUUGCUUCAUGGAAGAAAAAAAUAGAUGAACCGAAACCAUUUAAUUUCCUAACUCAUUGGUUUUAAAUGUCGUUAAUACCUUGUAUUUUUCCAGGUGAUGGACUUGCUUGUACUUUAUGUUUAUUUAUUCUUUGGAUGAUACAGUUGUUGUUUGAGUUGCCAAACUGAUUAAAUUGUAGCUGGUUUAUAUUCUUUUGUACUAGUAUCUGUUUACCGA